UAAACAAAUAGGUUGUGAUUCUUACAGAUUUGCACCAAUGACUGUUUUUAUAGCAUAAAGCCAUUGGACAAACUUUGCUGGAUGAGGUGGCUAGGCAUUUGAAUCUCCUCGAAAACGACUAUUUUGGUCUAGAAUACAUCGACAAUUCUGGUUGCCAUUGUUGGCUUGAUGCCGACAAGCCGAUUCUCCGUCAGAUCAGCUCCCAUGCUAGCGAUGCCAAAUUCUAUUUUAUUGUUAAAUUUUACACCCCAAAUCCCAUUGAUCUGGAAGAAGAGUAUACUCGGUACCUCCUCACUCUUCAAAUCCGACGAGAUCUUUCCAUAGGGGAACUGCACUGUGCCGAGACGACAGCAGCGCUUCUUGCAGCCUACCUGGUUCAGGUGACAACUUCCUUAGGUUAUCUGCACGACUAUUCUGAAUGCGGAGAUUUCUCAGCGGAAGACUAUCCUGAUGCUACAUACCUCUCUCAUUCACGAUUUAUUCCUCAUCAAACUAUUGAAUUUCAACAAAAAGUGAUGGAGAAUCACAGAAAUUUGAUGUAA